AUGUCAGGAUUUAGCUUUGGAAAUAAUAAUAAUCCCAACGCAGGAUCAUUUUCGUUUGGUGGUAACAAUAACCAACAAAGUAGUGGGUUUGGAUCGUCUAAUACGGGAGGAUCAGGAUUCUCGUUUGGAUCAAACCAAAAUAACAAUACCAGUGGCAAUGCUAAUGAAGCAUCACAGCCGGUUUUUGGGUCCAAUUCCAACACGUCUAAUACGGGCGCACCAGCAUUCUCAUUGAAUAACAACAACGGCAGCGGAUCCGGCUUAGGCUCGAAUGCAAAUGCAUCAUCUAGUCCUUUUGGUGCUCCUAAGCAACAGGAAGGGGGACUUUUUGGGAAUAAAGCGGCCACAUCCAAUUCGUCGAACUUAUUUGGCAAGAACGAUAAUCAAUCUAGCAAUACAUUCGGAUCUAAUAAUGGUGGUCAGUCAGCGUUUGGUUCUAGCAAUUCAUCCACGCCAGCACCGGCAUUCAAUUUAGGUGCUUCAAAGCCAGAAGAUAAACAAAUAGAGAAGCCAUCGGGUGGACUAUUUGGUGGUUCUAAUGAUUCAAAGCCGGCAUCUGGAGGUCUUUUUGGUUCCAAUGACAACAAACCAGCUACAGGUGGCUUAUUUGGAUCUAAUGGAACCCAAACCUCGUCUGGUGGGUCAUUUGGUGCUAAGAAGGAUGACAGCAGUGCGCCUUCCGCCCCCAAACCCACAUCUGGAGCGUUAUUUGGUUCUAGUGAGUCGAAACCGGCCUCUGGUGGAUUAUUUGGAGCUAAAAUUGAUGAUAAACCGGUUUCAACACAACCUUCAACUGGUGGAUUAUUUGGUGCUAAGAAAGAUGACAGUAGUGCGUCUUCUACACCAAAACCAGUAACUGGAGGCUUGUUUGGUUCUAGUGAGUCGAAACCAGCCUCUGGUGGAUUAUUUGGAUCUAAUGGAACACAAGCUUCUUCUGGUGGGCUAUUUGGUGCUAAGAAGGACGAAGACAAAAGAGAUGAUAAACCUGCUUCAGGAUUCUCAUUUGGCGCUAAGAAGAACGAAGACAAAAAAGAAGACAAACCUGCCCCAGGAUUCUCGUUCGGUGCUAAGAAGGACGAAGACAAAAAGGAUGACAAGCCUGCCCCAGGAUUCUCGUUCGGUGCUAAGAAGGAUGAAGACAAAAAAGAUGACAAGCCAGCUCCAGGAUUCUCAUUUGGCGCAAAGAAGGAUGAAGACAAACCUGCUCCAGGAUUCACGUUUGGCGCAAAGAAGGAAGAAGACAAACCUGCUCCUGGAUUCACGUUUGGUGCAAAGAAGGAUGAAGACAAACCUGCUCCUGGAUUCACGUUCGGCGCAAAGAAGGAUGAUAAGAAAGACGACAAGCCUGCUUCAGGAUUCUCGUUUGGUGCUAAGAAGGAUGAAGACAAAAAAGAUGACAAGCCUGCUUCAGGAUUCUCGUUUGGUGCUAAGAAGGAUGAAGACAAAAAAGAUGAUAAGCCUGCUUCAGGAUUCUCAUUCGGUGCUAAGAAGGAUGAAGACAAAAAAGAUGACAAACCUACUACAGGAUUAUCGUUCGGUGCUAAGAAGGACGAAGACAAAAAAGAUGACAAGCCUGCUUCAGGGUUCUCAUUUGGUGCUAAGAAGGGUGACGAUAAAAAGGAUGAGAAAUCACUCGCCACUACUACUGCUUCUACCACCAAACAAGAGCCAAACUUAAAACCUACCAAGAUUGAACCACAAGCAGUAUCUAUUGAUAACAAGACCAUGGAUGACUUAAUAAUUAAAUGGUCAAAACAACUAUCCACAACGUCAAAUAUCUUUGAAUCAUAUACCUCUAAAGUAAAGCAAUGGGAUCAACAUUUAGUCAAGAGUGGUGACGAAAUAUCCAAAUUACAUCAAGACACGUUGGAGGCUGAAUCGUUACAGAAUAAAAUCGACCAGCAUUUGUUAUUUGUUGAAAACCAGCAAGAUGAAUUGGAUCAAAUAUUAGAUAACUAUGAAGCACAAGCUGAUAUUUUGUUGAAUAAUAUCGAGCUAAACAAUUCGACUAAUGACAGUUUCAACAGCGGCUUAUCAAAUUUCUCGAAUGGAGGGUCAAAUGGUGGUUUAAGUGUUACUGAUAAAUUGCGUGAAAAAGCUUACCAUAAUGCAGAACUAUUAGACGAAAGAUUGGAUAAUAUGGGCGAUAACUUGACAACAUUAAUCAAUGAGAUUAACUCCGUGAGUGAUGUUUUCAACAAAAACUUAUUAAAUGACAUAUCGAAUACGAAUGAUCAGAAUAAUGAAACCAAACAAGUUAAGCAAUCACAGGAAAACCCUGUAGAGGAGAUAGUCAAAUUGUUGAAUUUGCAUUUAGAAAAUUUAAAGUAUAUUGAAAAAUCUGAAGCUACAUUAAAGGAAGAAUUGUCUAAGAUCAAUCGUACCAAGAAGAUCCAAUUUUGA